AUGGCCCGUCAAUCCGUCUACCCCUCCAACGCCCUGGACCUCCUCAGCCACCUAGACGACUGCGUCAACUUUACCGAAGCUGCCGCUGCGAGCUUGCAGGCCAGCCUGGGGCGUUUCGAGCCUGGGAUCAGGGAUCUGCCGAGGCUGAGCAAGAUCCUCUCCAAUAAUCACCACUUCCUCGUCCUCCCUACUACCCAAGUCCAGUCACAUCAAGCUGCCGUAUCCACGUCCCUCGCCCCGCAGAUCGAGAACCUGAUAGCCAAGGCGGAAGGAGCGGUCGCGUCGCAAGUGAGGAAGGUGGCGAUCCUGGAGGAGAGGCUGGCGAUCGUUCAGUCGGCCAGGGCUGUCCCAACUAUGGUCGUUCAGCCUGAUCUGCCUGAGGCUGGAGACCAGGAGGAUGAGGAAGGUACAGAGGAGGAAAAUGGGGAAGAGGGGGACGGGUGGGGAGGAAAGAGCAAGCUGGACGGAUUGGAGAUGAGGGAAUUGACAAUUGCGCAGAGGCGGAAGGUCAUCAUGUUGAAGGGGAAACGGGAGAGGUUGGAGAGGGAGCGCAAGGAGUUGAUGGAUAGGCAGAAUGAGGGUGAUGGGGAGGACGAGGGGGCAUAG